AUGGAAUGGUUCGAUGGAGACCUGACACGGAGGCUGGUCUUCACGAACGAAACAGAGGUCGUGUGCACCCAGGGCCGGCUGUCCCUGCUCAAGGCCAAGACCGGUAUCGCGCGCCCCGAUAGCAUGCGGCUCCUCAGCCUGUGGCGUCCGUUGCGGUCGCACAUCCGCCGGCUCAAAACCUCUGAGGCGAUGGUCCGUGCCAUCGCGUAUCAGCGGGAGCAGGACUUCGUCAAGCACGGCCGCAUCAUCGGCCAAUUCAGAAACCAACGUCUUUUGUUUCUGGUCAAAGAAGCACUGAAGGCACAUGGCCGUCGGGGUGACGUGGAGGUCUUCGACGGGAAGAGCGGAGGGCAGCCAAUGACCUUCGAGCAGCAGUACCGCCUCUUCAACAGCGCCUUCCUGGCUUUUGGGCCCCAGGGCACCGGACUCGCGAACAUUCUUUGGAUGCAGAAUGCCGACUGCCAUCGCCGGCCGGCAGUCAUUGAGUUCAUCUGCUCGGCUGACACCAUGCACAGCUUCGGCUGCUGGAACUGGCAGAAUUCUCAGAAGGUGCUGAGCAUCAAGUCCACCUGGGCCAUCUCCGGCGGUGCUUUCUGGACGCGCUACUUCCAUGUAUGGCUGCUCCGGACGCCUCUGCCGGGGAAGGUCUGGAUCGACGAGAAAGGCUUCAACCGGUCCCUCUACGAAGCGCUGCGGCCCUUCCGCCUCUAG